GGCUCCAGGCCGGGUUUUGGCGCCCGCCCGCCUGCUGCCUCCUGGCGGCUCCUGAACUCCAGCCCCCUCUCUAUCAGCCUCUCACUCCGUCUCAAUAUGUCUCAAGAUGGCGGCCAAUGUGGGAUCGAUGUUUCAAUAUUGGAAGCGCUUUGAUUUACAGCAGCUGCAGAGAGAACUUGAUGCCACCGCAACAGUAUUGGCAAACAGGCAAGAUGAGAGUGAGCAGUCCAGAAAACGGCUCAUUGAGCAGAGCCGAGAAUUCAAGAAGAACACUCCAGAGGAUUUGCGCAAGCAGGUAGCACCACUGCUCAAGAGCUUCCAAGGGGAGAUUGAUGCACUGAGUAAAAGAAGCAAAGAAGCAGAGGCGGCCUUCUUGACUGUGUACAAGAGAUUAAUUGAUGUUCCAGAUCCUGUACCAGCGCUGGACCUCGGGCAACAGCUGGAAAUAAAAGUACAGCGUCUACACGACAUUGAAACAGAGAACCAGAAACUUAGAGAAACACUAGAAGAAUACAACAAGGAGUUUGCCGAAGUGAAACAUCAAGAGGUUACGAUAAAAGCACUUAAGGAGAAAAUCCGAGAAUACGAGCAGACUCUGAAGAGCCAGGCCGAGACCAUUGCUCUGGAGAAGGAACAGAAGUUGCAAAAUGAUUUUGCAGAGAAGGAAAGAAAACUGCAAGAGACCCAGAUGUCCACCACCUCAAAGCUGGAGGAAGCGGAGCACAAACUCCAGACUUUGCAAACAGCCCUGGAAAAAACUCGAACAGAAUUAUUUGACCUGAAAACCAAAUAUGAUGAAGAAACUACUGCAAAGGCCGAUGAGAUUGAGAUGAUCAUGACUGACCUUGAACGAGCCAAUCAGAGGGCAGAGGUGGCACAGAGAGAGGCAGAGACUUUGAGGGAACAGCUCUCAUCGGCCAACCACUCUCUCCAGCUGGCCUCACAGAUCCAGAAGGCUCCGGAUGUGGAGCAGGCCAUGGAGGUGCUGGCCCGAUCCAGCCUGGAAGUAGAGUUGGCUGCCAAAGAGCGGGAGAUUGCCCAACUGGUAGAAGACGUGCAGCGACUCCAGGCCAGCCUCACCAAACUGCGGGAGAAUUCUGCCAGCCAGAUCUCACAACUGGAGCAGCAACUGAGUGCCAAGAAUAACACACUCAAACAACUGGAAGAAAAACUCAAAGGCCAGGCUGACUAUGAAGAGGUGAAAAAAGAGCUGAACACCCUGAAGUCCAUGGAGUUUGCACCAUCGGAAGGAGCAGGGACACAGGACUCUACCAAGCCCCUGGAGGUUUUACUCCUGGAGAAGAACCGUUCGCUGCAGUCUGAGAAUGCCACGCUGCGCAUCUCCAACAGUGACCUGAGCGGGUCAGCCAGGAGAAAAGGGAGAGACCAGCCUGAGAGUCGGCGCCCGGGACCCUUGCCGGCCUCCCCUCCUCCUCAGUUGCCCCGCAACACGGGGGAACAGGUUUCCAAUACUAACGGUACACACCACUUCUCACCAGCGGGGUUAAGUCAAGACUUUUUCAGCUCAAACCUGGCCAACCCCAGCCUACCCCUGGCUUCUACAGGAAAGUUUGCACUAAACUCUAUUCUCCAGCGACAGCUAAUGCAGUCCUUCUACUCCAAGGCCAUGCAGGAAGCCGGAAGCACAAGCACGAUUUUUUCAACAGGUCCUUACAGCACAAACUCCAUAUCUUCCCCAAGUCCAUUACAACAAAGCCCAGAUGUAAAUGGCAUGGCCCCAUCUCCCAGCCAAUCAGAAAGUGCUGGGAGCGUCUCAGAGGGUGAGGAAAUUGAUACAGCAGAAAUCGCACGGCAGGUCAAAGAACAGCUGAUCAAGCACAACAUUGGACAGCGCAUUUUUGGACAUUACGUCUUAGGACUAUCUCAAGGGUCUGUGAGUGAGAUUCUGGCCCGGCCAAAGCCCUGGAAUAAGCUGACUGUCCGUGGCAAGGAGCCAUUCCACAAAAUGAAGCAGUUCUUAUCUGAUGAACAGAACAUCUUGGCACUUCGUAGCAUCCAAGGCAGACAGAGAGAGAAUCCAGGCCAGAGCCUGAACAGACUCUUUCAGGAAGUACCGAAACGAAGAAAUGGGUCUGAAGGUAACAUCACUACCCGGAUCCGAGCAUCUGAGACUGGUUCUGAUGAAGCAAUCAAGUCUAUCCUGGAACAAGCCAAGAGGGAACUCCAAGUGCAGAAAACUGCUGAGCCAGUCCAGCCAUCUUCCGCAUCCAGCAGUGGGAACUCUGAUGAUGCCAUUCGCUCCAUCCUACAGCAGGCCCGCCGGGAAAUGGAGGCCCAGCAGGCAGCCCUUGACCCUGCCUUAAAGCCAGCACCACUGUCCCAGCCUGACCUUGCUAUCCUCACUCCCAAGCUCUUGUCUGCCUCACCCAUGUCUACUGUGUCCACUUACUCUCCUCUUGCCAUCCCCCUGAAGAAAACCCCUGCGGCACCUGAGGCCAGUACCUCAACCUUACCCAAUGCCCCAGCCCUCAAAAAAGAGGCUCAGGAUGCACCUGGGCUAGACCCUCCAGGAUCAACUGAUACUGCCCAGGGGGUAUUACGACAGGUGAAGAGUGAGCUGGUCCGUGGCAGCACCUGGAAGGAUCCUUGGUGGAGCCCUGUACAGCCUGAAAGAAGAAAUCUCACCUCUUCUGAAGAGACCAAGGCUGAUGAAGCAGCUGCAAGUGGGAAAGAAAAGGUAGCCAGUAGCCAACCUCGGGCUGAGCGCAGCCAGCUUCAGGGACCCUCGUCAUCAGCAGAGUACUGGAAAGAGUGGCCUAAUGCUGAGUCGCCGUACUCCCAGAGCUCAGAGCUGAGCCUCACUGGAGCCAGCCGCAGCGAGACACCCCAGAAUAGUCCUCUGCCCUCCUCCCCAAUCGUGCCCAUGGCAAAGCCAGCAAAGCCCUCAGUACCCCCACUGACUCCUGAGCAGUACGAGGUCUACAUGUAUCAGGAAGUGGACACCAUUGAGCUCACCCGGCAAGUCAAAGAGAAGUUGGCCAAGAAUGGCAUUUGCCAGAGGAUCUUCGGAGAGAAGGUACUGGGCCUGUCCCAGGGCAGUGUCAGCGACAUGCUCUCAAGGCCAAAGCCAUGGAGCAAACUGACCCAGAAAGGCCGAGAACCCUUCAUCCGGAUGCAGCUCUGGCUGAAUGGAGAGCUAGGCCAGGGUGUUCUGCCUGUGCAAGGGCAGCAACAAGGGCCAGUCCUCCACUCAGUGACGUCUCUGCAGGACCCCCUCCAGCAGGGCUGUGUAAGCUCAGAAAGCACUCCAAAGACCUCUGCCAGCUGUAGCCCUGCUCCUGAGUCCCCAAUGAGUUCCAGCGAAUCCGUGAAGAGUCUCACCGAGUUGGUCCAGCAGCCCUGUCCUGCCAUUGAGACCAGUAAAGAAGGCAAACCGCCAGAACCCAGCGACCCACCAGCCUCAGACUCCCAACCCACAACACCGCUGCCUCUCUCUGGACACUCAGCCCUCAGCAUCCAAGAAUUAGUAGCCAUGUCUCCCGAGCUGGACACCUACGGCAUAACCAAGAGGGUCAAAGAGGUGCUGACGGACAACAACCUUGGUCAGCGCUUAUUUGGGGAGACCAUCCUGGGGCUCACCCAGGGCUCUGUCUCCGACCUCCUUGCCCGCCCAAAGCCCUGGCAUAAGCUCAGUCUGAAAGGACGAGAGCCCUUUGUCCGCAUGCAACUAUGGCUGAACGACCCCAACAAUGUGGAGAAGCUGAUGGACAUGAAGCGGAUGGAGAAGAAAGCCUACAUGAAGCGGAGACACAGCUCUGUCAGUGACAGCCAGCCCUGUGAGCCCCCCUCUGUGGGCAUUGACUACAGUCAGGGCGCCAGCCCCCAGCCACAACACCAGCUGAAGAAACCUCGAGUGGUGCUGGCGCCCGAGGAGAAAGAAGCGCUGAAGCGAGCAUAUCAGCAGAAGCCAUAUCCAUCACCAAAAACGAUCGAGGAGCUUGCCACACAACUCAACCUGAAGACCAGCACCGUCAUCAACUGGUUCCAUAAUUACAGGUCUCGAAUCCGCAGAGAACUGUUCAUUGAGGAGAUUCAAGCCGGAAGCCAGGGCCAGGCCGGUGCCAGUGACUCACCUUCGGCCCGAAGUGGCCGCGUCGCACCCAGCUCAGAAGGUGACAGCUGUGAUGGUGUGGAGGCCGCCGAUGUCGAGGAGCCAGGUGGCACCACAGUGGCCACCAAGUCUCAGGGAAGGCCGGCAGAGGUGGCCGCAGCCCCGGCCGACCAGGAAGAGGCAACGCAGCCUGCUGAGAAGGCGAAGGCGCAGCCAUUAUCCUCGGUGACCCCAGGACAGGACGACGGUGAAGACGCUGGCCGGCCUAGGCCACCGCCCGAAGGCCUCACCGACACCCCGGCGCCUGUGCCAAACCUCGCCGCACCAGCGGCCGGAGAGGACGCCGCUACCUCAGCCACUGCGAUGGCCACCGAGGCCCCUGGGGCGGCUAGGGCGGGGCCUGCAGAGAGGAGUUCUGCAUUGCCAAGCACCAGCGCGCCUGCCAACGCGCCUGCACGAAGGCCUAGCUCACUGCAGAGCCUCUUCGGCCUGCCUGAGGCGGCGGGCGCCCGGGACAACCCGGUCCGCAAAAAGAAGGCCGCAAACUUGAACAGCAUCAUCCACCGCCUGGAGAAGGCUGCCAGCCGGGAGGAGCCCAUUGAAUGGGAGUUCUGAGGGCGCCGGGCCUCUGGGCCUGAUCAGCAGGGCCUCGCCGGGCCUAGCCAGGCCUACUUGCGCCUAGCAGGUCCCAGCCAGGCCUAGUCAGCACUGUCUAGUAGUGGGCUGGGGCAGGCGGGUGCGUGAAGGGCGGUGCCGACCCGAGGCCUGGACGUGUUGCGCACUUACGCCCUGCGGGCCACAGGGCAAAAUCGCCAUAGGCCAAGGUGCAUAUAGAAAACAAAGGAGCA